UCAUGAAUACAUGUCACGCAUUCGUUCCUCAACACUGUUUGGAACAAGACACCUCACCGAACUCUCCAGCCUGACCAGUGUCCUUAGACUUCUGGCAAGCAUGGCACUACAAGGGGCUCAUCUGAAAGUGGCAGCGGAGAUAUGGGUGCCGUGGGUCAUGCUGGAGGAGUCACCGGACGGCACAGGACUUAACACCUCGGGGAUCCUCAUCGAUGUGAUGAAUAUCCUUAGGUCCAAACUCAACUUUACGUUCAGCGUGGUGCGUCCUCUCGACGGUGAGUGGGGCCGCAUCCUACCUAAUGGGUCAGCCACUGGGAUGAUCGGUAUGAACCAGAGACGGGAGGUGGACAUGGCGCUGGGUCCUUUCACUAUCUCUUACGAUCGGGCUAAGGUUGCGGAUUACGCCACGACUAUUCACCUUGAUAACUUCGGCAUCUUUCUCCCUCGGCCACGCCUCGAGAAAGAUUUGUCCGGCUUCACUAAACCCUUCGCUUGGCAGGUGUGGGUGGUGCUCGGAGCGGCAAUAGCUCUAAGCAUGGGCUUGUCCAUCCUCUUCAACUGGUUCAGUCGUGGAUGGAUUCCUCCUAAAGCUGGAAAAUACGUUAUAGAUCCCAUUUAUGUGAUCAAAUCGCUUCUGGUAGAGACGAUUGACAACCUGCCCGAGAUGCUGACUGGGCGAGUGCUGCUCGGGGUAUGGUUGUUAGCGGCUCUAAUCGUGCAGUCGGCGUACCAGGGCGUACUGACCUCUAUGCUGGCCGUGCCUUGGGUCACAGUACCCGUAGAUUCUCUAGAUGAUCUGGGCAGGCAGACCCGCAUUCCUUAUGCCUUUGAGUCUGGCACGCAUCUACACUUUCUAUUUCAGUCGGCCACAUCCGGAUUAUUCAAAGUCAUAAACGACAACGCCUUCCAAAUCGUCAGUCUCUUUGAGGAGAAGACCCGAAUGAAGGAGCAAAGAUUUGCAAUACUUUGUGACUUUUUUUCCAUGAAGAAGGUGAUGAGUGACGACUUCAGCAUGACUGCCAAGUGCAACUAUUACAUCGCCAAAGAGCCCAUGUUUUACACGUCGCUGUCCUUCACUUUCCCCAAGAAAAGCCACAUGGUCCCGCUCAUAGACAAGUGGUUGGUGAGACUGUUGGAGUCUGGGAUAGUAAACAGAUGGGUCCACGAGUAUUCCUCCAACGCCACGGUCUGCCUCCUGCCGCCGGGGAAGGAGACCGGCAUCACCACGAAGGUCCUUACCAUAGAAGAUCUGGGUGGCAUUUUCCUACUUUUGGUGGCAGGGCUGACGAUGGCAACGGUAUUGUUUGCCCUGGAGAAACUGAUGGAAACAUUCUCCGUUCGUUAAGGAUCACACGGCGGCCUGACAAGACAUUGUAAUGAAUUCCUACGACUCACUUCUCGUUACUAAGGAUACCGGUAUGAGCUGAGUAUUUAAUAACGUGUUUAUUCCUUUUAGUUCUUAAAGGACAACUAAUGAGACAUUAGUUGGUAAGUGCGCCAUGAUGUUUGUAGUCGAUUUUCUUUCGAGUAAAGAAAUAAUCGUACAAAUGGU